AUGGAAGGAAUCCAUGCCCGCGGCCCACUCCUGGUUGUUACGGCUAUUCUAACUGGUAAGUACCAUGGUCUUCCAGGGUUGGGGACUGUUCAACGGCAUCGCUUGACAGGUCGAGAUGGAGUUGAGUGGCGUGAGAUAGCGGGAAGACCGUCGUGCGCUGAACCGGCCAUUUGCCGUGGGCCAACGCGCGAAUGGCAGAUGCAGGCAUCAGCCAAGCAUGCUGGUGGUCACUGUAAGUCUUCUAAGAUGGGCGCUGAUUUGAUGCUGACCGGAGAUUUUCACGGCGGCGACCCAAGCCGGUCAGCGACAAGGUACUACACCACACUCAACCCUGGUACACCGGAAGUCACAUCGUUUAUUGCCCCCAUCACACAGAACGAAAUGGACAUUUGCCUCGAUCCACUCUCACAACGGCCAGACAUGAUAUACUUUGUUCCUUCGCGUACCUUUCACACGACCAGUGACAUCCCCGAAGCUACAGGCCGCACACAGCAGCUGAGACCGAGGACUAAACCCGCCAGGAAAGAAGCCACGGUCGGUCGGUCGGUCGGUUGGCGCUGCAGGAACUGGGGCGCCAUCAUGCUCAUGCGCCAGGGAUUUUCAGCUGAACGUGUGAAUGCUACGAGUUCCACUACAGAAUUAGGCUUGCAGCUCGACUAUUUACUUGGGAUUCGAUAG